CAGAAGUGACACACACACACACGUGAGGACAGCAAGGUGAGGCCAGGAGGAGCUGGGGGGCGCGCGUGCGCGAGGGCGCGGGGCCACAGAUCAGCUGUUGGAGGACAACAUCCCGCGCGCCUCCCCACACACAACACGCCACACAACACACCUCCAGCACCCUGCACACCUCUUGUUAGGGUGGCGUCAGCCUGCACCUCGGAGCCAUGGGUGGCAGCACCUCCAAGCUGAAGCGGUGGAUGAGUAGUGGUGUGGAGGACCCGGAGCAGGUGGAGAGGGCUGUCAAGAAGCUGGCCACGCCGUUCGUCUAUACUCGCAGAGGGUCUAUGUAUUUUGAUGAAGAUGGAGACAUUGCACAUGAAUUUUAUGAGGAAGUCCCACCUCUGCGACGUGGUGUAAAGGCGACAAUGAAAAGAAUAUUCACAAACCUUACCCCACAGGGUGAGGUGCGCCUGCCAUUCCCAUGUCUCAACGUGGAUUUUCCAAUUGUCCUGUAUCAAGAUAGCUGAGAUGAAAUGGGGGAGAUGGACCCCUGAAAUAUUUUGUGACAUAACAUAUCUGAAGUCCAGCAAGUGAUAGUUAAUGCAGACAAUGAAAGGCACUAAAAUUUAUGCCUUUCGAUGGGCGUUUUGGAAAUUAAGGUCUCAACUGUGAAGGGAAAAGUUGCGAGCUAACUACAGAGUGUAAUGUACAGUACUUUAAAAUCCUUCUGUUCAUUGUUGCAACUCAGAUGAAGAGUGAACAGAAAUGUGUUGCAGCUAUGUGUUGAGUGCCAGAAUGCUACCCACUCAGUGCCCCUUUCAAUGAUGGUUGUGAUAAUCUUACUGUAAACCUGUUGUAGUAUUUAAACUUUCCCAUAGCGAGUGAAUCCGAUAAGCAUGAUGUGUUCUUCCCUCCAUGUCUCAGAUCAACUAUAUUUUCUCACAGGCAUGUUUAGUUUGUUCUCUCUCUAUUUUAUCAUUGCUGUUUGGCUGAAGAUUGACUAUGGUUAAGUUUUUAAAGAAUCACCUAGCCCAAGUACGUAAUGGAGGGAAUAUAAACGAAGAUGUGGCUAUUUUUAAUUGCUGUACAUGGGUAUGAUUAGAAUACUAGUUACUUUUUAUUGGUGCAUCAGACUGACCUAUGAGUAAGUCAUUCAAUAAGAAGUGGGUUUAUGACCCUAGAGUUUUGAAUGGCAGGAGAGUAUUCAUACCUAAAGAUUUGCUUGCUCAAUGACUGAAUUUUUGUUUUCAAUGUUUUGGUCGAAAUUUAGUUUAAACAAUAUAACUUUGAGGAUCACUGUAAUGUUGUUUAAUAUAAUUGUUAUUGUUUUUAUAAUUACUACUGCUAUGUGUAAUAAGUAUUGGCAGAUGGUGAAAGAUAAGGUAUAAUAAAGCAGAAUGUGCCAAGUUUUUCCAUUUCACUUAAUAUAUUGGGAUAAUAUUGUCAGGUAGAGUUUGUGUGUUCACCUGUCUGUUUCAAACAGCUACCGCAUUGUUGUCCCCCCAGUGUCAACCCCCAGGAGAUUAUGCUUUAUGUUAUUAUUUACGACACAAUUUUGUUGUAUAUAUUUGUUAUUUACUCAAUUCAGUUACAAUUUCACAGCCAUGUUAUACUGUAAAAUUAUCUGUGCAUCAGGAAGUGAUUGUAUUAUGAUUUGUACAUAAUAAGGCUUAUUUAGUGGAUAUGAGACUAGUGUAUGUAUGUCAUGGUUAAGUAAAAAAAAUAUAUAUGUAUUGGCUUCAUAUGGAAAGGUAUGUAGCCUUUCUUAUUCCUAUAUUAUAAGAGUUGUUUAUAUAUACAUGUACAGCAUAUUAAUAUAUUAUUAUUACUGAAUAUUGUAUGUAUCAGAGUCUGUGUAUUGCUUAUGUGCUAUUAAAAUAGUUUUUUAAAAUGCCAUUUAUAUCAAAACACUCAGAAAUAUAUCAGCUGGACAGAAAUUUAUUUGUUUUAACUGUUGGUGUAUAAUACAAUGAAGUUCAGUUAUCUGACCUUUGGAUAACUGAUUUACUAGUUACAUUUACCAGUAAUUAUAAAUGCAUUGUAAUAAAAUAAAGGUCCUGGCUUUGCACGAGUUCUAAUAGCAUGAAUUUUAAUCCAUGAGGGCUUUUCUUUAUGUAGUUUAGUAGUGUGUGUGAAUAGAUGUAGAUGUGAAUAGAGAAUUUGUCCAUUAGAUGUCUGACUAAUUGCUGCUUUGGUAUGAGAAACCAAUAUGCUACACUCCAAUAUGCUAGUGAUACCUCUGAACUAACAUGUAUUUCUGCCCAAUCUUAAUUACAUUACUAUGGCACCUCCCAGUGUUCAGCACAUGAGGUAGGUGUUUUAUUGGGAAAAGUAUAAAAGGAUGACUUAUUGAGAUUUCUGGAGCUGUAAAUAUUUUCCCAUAUACUGUAAGUUUAAAUUAUUAGUUCUGCAUGUUUCUAUGAAUGCAUCCCUCACAUAGAAAUCUGACUAAACUGUACUUUAGUUAUGCUAUCCAGUGCUGUAAUACUACUUCUGUAAUAUUUAAUAAUAUACUCUUGUUUAAUAAGUACUUCAGCUAGCACUCUAGGGAAAGGAUAGUAUUUCAACCUGCAUGCCAGAGAAAGGCUAGUACAUCAGCAAGCAGUCCAGAUAAAGAAAAGGUACAGAUUUUAGUAUUGAGCCAGAAAUAAAAAUAAUAAAAUUAAUGUAUCUCUUAGCUAUCGGGGUAUCUGUCAUUUUUCAGAUAUGCGAUUACCAUCAGAUCCCACCAGGGCUAGAUAAAAGGACUUUUACUCUAUACACUACAGAUACCUCUCAUCCUGCAUGACAGGAUAUCAGAAAAAUCUACUUCAAAGCCAGUUAAAUAUAAUUACCGUAGGUGUUAAAUGAUGUCAUACAGUACUUGUGAGGCUACUGAUCAUAAAGAUCCAUUCCAGGUGUUUGUGAUACUAAUUUGGGCCAGUCAUUGAGUCUCUCGAACAGUCAUUAUAAGGGCUUUUCUUGGAAUUGAAGAUGUACAAUGUCAGUGAUGUAUGCAGUAUUACAAUUUCUUGAUAAAUGUUAAGUACAGUACUCGUUUGAUGUUCGAUUUUCCAGGCAAGGAAAAAAGUUGAGCUGAUUUAAAUCGAGUCAUUGGAAAAGCAAAUUUUUAAGUAAAUAAACACUUGCUGCUAUAUUUA